AUCAAUGACUACAAAGCGGUCGGGAAUUCGCGGAACUUUACGGGGAAAGUAGUUCUGGUGACCGGUUCCUCGUCCGGCAUCGGAGAGGGUAUUGUUAAGCUGUUCUCACUAUUGGGCGCCAGUGUUGUCGUCACCGCCAGAAAAGCACCGGAUGUCCAACGGGUGGCCAAAGAGUGCGAAGAAUUGUCACCAAAAAAGUUAAAGCCCCUGCAAGUGGUGGGCGAUCUAACAAAAUCGGCUGACAUUAAUAACUUAAUUGACACCACUAUUAAAACAUACGGCAAACUGGAUGUGUUGGUCAACAACGCCGGUAUAUACCCGGAGGUGAACAUCACUGAACCCGAUAUACUGCGUGUCUGGGAUCAGGUGAUGGCAUUAGACUUACGAGCGGUGGUAGAGCUGAUACACCGGGCGGUACCACAUCUGGAAAAAACAAACGGCACCAUAAUUGAUAUAUCGAGCAUAUCAGCACUUUCACCGACCAAGGACGCUCUAGUAUACGGUACGGCCAAAGCGGGUCUAGAUAUGUUGUCCAAAAUACUAGCCCUGGAGUUGGGCCCGAAAAACAUCCGCGUUAAUAGUGUUAAGUAA